AUGGACGCCGGCGCCAUGGGCGCCCUGCCGACGCGCGACGAGCUCUUCGACGUCGUGCUCAAGGGCAAGCAGUUGGAGCAGACGAUGAAGGACCGCCAGGCCGGCGGCGGCGCUAAGAGCGGCCGUUAUAAAAAGCACGACACGGCUCGACUUCGGUGUCUGCGUCGCGUCGUCUACCCGCGGCUCAAGAUGGGCAUCCUGCCGUCGGCGACGGACAGCAAGAUGCUCUUCGACAUGCCGGGCGUGCGAGGCCGCGGCCGCGGCCGCGGCCGCGGCCGAGGCGCGCCCGUGCCCGCGCCCGCGCCCGUGCCCGUGCCCGCGCCCGCGCCCGCGGCGCCGGACGCGUCGCCCCCGCCGCCGGACGCGUCGCCCCCGGCGCGCGACGCGUCGCUUCCGGCGUGCGACGCCACGCCGGCGGUGGCGGCCCCGGCUUCCGCGCCGCCCGCGCCGUCCGCCGCGGUCGCCGACGACGACAGCGACGACGAGUUCCUCGCCUUCAACUCGGGCAUGGGCGUCCGCACGUCGCCCCAGGCGGACCGCCUCGACGAGUUCAUGGCCGCGGACGCCGGCUACGUGCCGCCGCCGCGCGCGCCGCUCGCCGCGGUGCGCGCGGAGCCGACGCCCGACCUGCGAGGGCCGGAGUUCCAGGCUCGCGUGCGCCGCGAAGCCGACGCCGCCGCGGCCCGCCCCGAGGCCCGCGCCAUGCUCGUGGAGGACGAGGACCUCAUCUUGGCCCAGCUCGAGGCCUCCGACGACGUCGAGGACCACUUCGCGCGCGCCGAGAGCGCGGUGCUCGAGCUGCUCCGCUACGACCGCUCGUUUCGCGACGCGAGCCCCCCGGACCGCAACAGGGCCGAGCUCGUCGUGGGCCGCCUCUUCCAGUCGACGGCCUGGAGCGAGCACGACGAGCGCAGGCGCGUCGCCGACUUCGAGGCCCUCGACCACGACCUGCGCGCCGCCAUCGGGAUCGCCGUCCGGGACGCCUCCGCGCAGACGACCGCGGACGACGAGCGCGACGCCCUCGGGCUAGCCGCGGAGACGCUCGAGAGCCUGGCGGCCUUGGUCUAG